AAACAGCCACUUACCUAUCCCUCGGUCCCAUGGUGUGUCCCCCGCAGCCCAUUUCACCAGCUGUCCUGUAAUCCAGGAGGCCGGCAUCUUCAGUGUGGGCACCCAGCUGUGACAGCUUGCGGCUUCACAGCCGAGUACCCACUGCGCGCAUGCGCGAGUAGUGCUGCGCUUCAUGAAUGGUCCUGUAGUCUUCUGGGACCUGUCACGUGUCCCAAAAGACUACAGGGAGGGAGGGAGGGAGGGAGGACACCUUCCGCUUUCGAUCACCAAAGGAAUGGCACCUUUGGGGAGUGGGUACCCGAAUUUGACAGGUACCCGCUCCCACUUCUAGUGCAAUCGCCUACGGUGAUCGGAAGUGGAAGUUGUCCUCCC